UUAAAGCGGGAGUGAUUGAAAACUGCAGUAGAAGUAGUAGAAGACUGGAAGUUGAAGGUUCCCAAAUCACACGCCUCAAUUUCUGCGACGACUCCCCAAAAAUGCUCACCUCCAAACCCUCUCACUCUCACUCUCACUCUCCAAUUCGAAUUCUCACCGUCGACGACGAUGCCGACGCUGACGUCAUCUUCCCUCCGAUUCCCCACAGCUCCUCCUCCCCCGCGAUCGCCCUCCACGACGAUCGCAAAGACCCAUCUGCCCCCAGAUCAUCUCCCUCCCCGACCAAAGUACCCACCUUUAUCGACCUCUCCGACGAACCCGACGACGGAGACGACGACGAGAUUCGGAUUCUCCGAUUCAAACCCACCAAAACCCACUUCAAAAAGCGAAGAACAAACCCGUUUACAUCCGGGUCCGUAUCCGAACCCGGCCAGUCCUCCUCCGAUUCUCUCACCGACUACCCACCGUUCGUCUGUGAUAUUUGCGCCGACGACAAGCUCGGGUACCAAUCUUUUCCGAUCGAGAAUUGCAACCAUGUGUAUUGCUCCGAUUGUGUGAUCAACUACAUCGAUUCCAAGCUCCAAGAAAACGAACCCACAAUUCGGUGCCCUGUUCCAGGGUGCAAGGGUCUGCUGGAGCCCGAGUACUGCCGCUCGGUUCUGCCGGCUCAGGUGUUUGCGAGGUGGGGAAAGGCAAUGUGUGAUGCUGUGAUACUCGGGUCGGAGAAAUUCUACUGCCCAUAUCAGGACUGCUCUGCUCUGCUGAUCGAUGACGGGGAGGAGGUGGUGAGGGAGUCGCAGUGCCCGCAUUGUGGGAGAAUGUUCUGUGCUCAGUGCAAGGUUGCUUGGCAUGUCGGGAUGGAUUGCAGCGAGUUUCAGAGGCUGAGUGUGGAUGAGAGAGGGAAUGAAGAUGUUAUGUUGAGGAACCUGGCGCAGAGCCAGAACUGGAGGAGGUGUCCCAGCUGCAUGUUCUAUGUCGAAAAGUCUGUUGGUUGCUCCUACAUGAAAUGCAGGUGUGGAUAUGCAUUCUGUUACAAUUGUGGAGUACAAGCUGUCAGUCAUACCUGUCGAAGCUGUCAUAAGUAAUGCUAUAAGACAAUCUUGUUGCAAAACUACAGGUUUUUCUAUCUCAGGUUGAUUGCAAUAGCACAGGUUGCUCUAUGUAGUUGGAUUUAGCAACCGCUCUGCUUCCUUUUUAAUGCAAUAUGAUACUAGAGAACCAGAGGACAUGUUGUGUCAUAGGUGAUAUGACAUUAUCUUAGCUGUGUAAAGGGGGUUUACAUUAGGGAAGUUUUAGAAGACUUAUUGAAUGAAAAUGAAUGCUUUGAGAGAAUAUUGUAUAUACAUCACUUUUUCUGGUAACUGAGUUCAAGUUUAUUUUUCAUAAAGAUGAUCAUGUUCUGUAUAAUUUUG